UCAGUAUAAAAGAAACGCCAUCGGUGAAAGAUGAGAAACUUCGAGCGAAAAAUUCGUAUCUUGGAGCCUGUCGCAAAAGUUCUACAUAGAUUUGUACGGGUCAGAUUAAAAAACGCAGUGGAAUAAGUUCAUUACCGCAUAAAACAGUGCCAAGUAGUGUUUGAACAAAGUGAAACUACUUAGAAAUGCAUAAACAAAGGAGCAAAGAUAAACUCUAGAAUAUCGCAGUCUAUCUUACACUUGAUUUCAUCAGAAUAAAACCAUAUUGGCGAAACGAUGACAUCAAGACUCGACAGAUUAUUCAUUCUUUUGGAGAGCGGUUCGGCAGCGGUUACACGUAAAGCGGCAUCUCGUCAAAUCGGCGAAGUUCAGAAGCUCCAUCCGCACGAACUGCACAACUUACUAAACAGAACAAUAGGAUACCUGCAUAGCAAUACUUGGGAUACUCGAGUAGCAGCUGCCUUUGCCAUACAAGCAAUAUUAGAAAAUGUUCCUAUCUGGGAUCCAAAACCGUGUGCGUCUCCCGUAAAAAUGGAGCACAAUAGAAUCACGGAGAAGUACGAAAAUACGAGACUAACAUUUGAAAACUUUGAUCUUGAUUCAGUUUUGAGUAAGGGGGCCCGUUUACUUGGCUCCGAAGGUACCGAAUUCGAUACAAUUGAAGAGAAUGAUGGCGAUCUGAAAGAACGGUUACUCCGACAACGUGCUUUGUUGAGUGAAAAAUUGUGUUUAAAUAGUGGCAUCCAAAUAGAUGAACUUAUUACACUCGAAGACAUGACACCAAAAUCGGCACCGAUAACUUCUAAUAUUGCCUUUGAGUACCACAUACCGGUUGAACAAAUGUUAAAUUUGGAUCAACAGCAGCCACUUAGUUGUCGCGAAAUCAACCGAGCGAAACGAAAAGCUCGUCAAAUUCAGUUGACGUCAUCGUCCUCGACGUCAUCAGCAAGCACAGCAAUGCCAACGCCAAGUCCUUCUAGUCGACGGAGUUCUUGUAGCAGCAUGAAUUCAGACGAGCCAGAACGAAAACGUUCAAAGGCCGAAAUAAAGAUGGAACUUGUGACUAGCGAGCCAGUGCCCGAUGCCACUGGCUCUUGGGGAAAUGCCGUUGACUGGCCCCUGGAGACAUUUUGCUCCAAACUCUUUGUUGAUUUGUUUAAUCCCAAGUGGGAGAUAAGACAUGGUUCUGCGACCGCUUUGAGGGAACUCUUAAAGGGACACAUUAGUGGUGCCGGCAAAAGUACUACUAUGACGAGAGAAGAAAUGGAAGAACACCAUCAUUCGUGGCUUGAAGAUGCGCUCUUGCGACUUUUGUGUGUCUUGGCAUUGGAUCGAUUUGGUGACUUUGUGUCGGAUCAAGUUGUAGCGCCUGUCCGUGAAACCUGUGCGCAAGCAUUGGGAACUGUAUUAAAGGACAUGCGUGCCGCCAAGGUAAUGAAAGCAGUAGAAACACUUCUGAAAUUUACGGAGCAAGAAGCGUGGGAGGUUCGACAUGCUGGCCUUCUGGGAUUGAAGUAUUUAGUAGUUGUUCGAGAAGAUUUAAUUUUGGACUAUCUACCGCUUAUUCUCAAUCACAUAUUGAAAGGACUAGAAGAUCCCGUUGAUGAUGUGGCUGCGGUAUGUGCUUCAACGCUCAUUCCCAUUGCGAAUCAUUUGCCGAAACAAUUGUCGCUAUCCAGACUAGCUCAGAUCCUAUCUAAAAUAUGGGAUUUACUCUUGGAUCAAGAUGAACUUACUACGGCUUGUAAUAGUUUUAUGGGACUCUUAGCUGCAAUCUUAAGUUUACCUGGUGUGUCAAACAGCAUUCAAGGAAGCGCAUUUACCAAUCUCAUCCCGAGAUUAUUUCCAUUUUUGAGUCACAGUAGUACCUCCGUUCGCAAAUCUACUCUCCAAACACUAAAGACUCUCACUGAUCCCGUUCAUCUUACUAAUUCCGAUCCGAAGGCACCGUCCAAUGGAACGGGCACGAAGAAUUUUUGUGUUACUAUGAUUGUAAAUUCUGUCAAAUUAUGGCCAUUCGAACUUGUACAAGAGGUAUUGCGCCAACUUUAUCAAAGAGUCCUCGUAGAACAUGUUGAGGAUGUGCAGAACUUGGUGGAGGAUGUUUGGUCAAACAUUGUAAACAAUGCAGACCUAACUGCUUUAUUGCAUGCCGCUUGUCCCUUUGUGUCAUGUUGGUUUUGCCUGGCGAUGCAACCAGCACGUUUAGCGUUCGACCAAAGUCAAUUAGUUCCAAUUAAAAAUGUUCAAGUAGUGCGAGAAAAGAAAAACAAGCCACACGAUUUGCUAGACAACAUGGUACGAGUGCAGGCAAAAUUCUAUCUUGGUGGAAGUGAGAGUGUGCCUAUUGAAGUUCGUGAAAAAAACGUCAUUAGAGCUCGAUUCCGCGCCUGCAGAAUGCUCGGCAUCCUUUCGAAAUACCUAGUCAUGCCAGCACCCGGGGUCACGUAUACCAAAGACAUUGAAAACCCAAUACAGUGCUACGUCAACGUGCUGUCUGGAUACUUGGGAUCUCGCUCUGCCCUUCAGCGCAUGAUUAGUGCACUUGUGGUAACGUUUUGGGCCAAAAACGAUGAAAAAGCAUGUCCAGCACCACCUCAGUUACUAGAAAAGUUGAGACAUUGUCUCAUUGAAUACGUAUAUUACGACGAGGUGGCCAUACUUUUUACGCGACUCCUUCAAGAAGCAAAAGACUUUUUAGCUACACUGAAACAAUACAAAAUACAAUUUGCGGAACUAGAUGCCAGUCCAGUAUUGACGCUCGAUCAAAUUCUGAGCUUAUCAACAAACUUGACUGAAAAUCUAAGGCAAACCUUCAACCUGAAAGCAAAGGUAGCAGAAACAUUGGAAGAUCGAAGAAAGAAUUUGUACGCCUCAUAUCUGACUACGAGUCAGGAACAGAAUUCACUGAAUAUUACAACACAAGCAAUACUUUCGGGAGCCAUUAUAAAUUUAAAGGGACUGCCUGGCGAAAAGUUUGCUCCAUACGUAAAACCACUACUAGAAGCAAUCAAACGAGAGAAUAGCGAGAUUCUUCAGAAGUUGGCCGGUGAAAAUCUUGCACUUCUUAUCGACCAAGUGGCAGACAAGAGUCCCUGUCCCAAUUCGAAGAUUAUAACAAGUUUAUGCACCAUCCUGAAAUGCGAUCCAGACUUCACACCACAAAUUCCGACAACAUUGAAGCCAAUAUCGGAAUUUGAUCCCAAAAGCCCCACGGAUAAUCCGUAUCAUGGAGUUUUACUUCUUGCAGCAUCGCAAACACCAAAGAUUACCACAAAAGAUAUGCCAAAUGGUGCAGCGCGAAGUGGUCGCCCUUCAAUAUCUGGAGUAAGUGAUGUAAAUGAUGAUACAUUUAGCAAAAGCGACAACAAAAAUAAGCAAAACUGUAUGCAGCGAAUCGGUGCUAGUUACACGUUGUCCUACAUCUGUAUUCAUUUUGCUGGUGAUCUGCCCAAAAAGUUGGAAGUAUUGUGGGCACUAUUAUUUGACUUUAUCGAGCAAAAAGUUUGCACUGACUAUGUUGAGAAAUGUUUUUCAACGUUGUGUGGACCAAAUGAGGAAAUAAACACUCUCAUUACCAAUUUACAUCUUAUUGAGACAGUAGCUUCGAGCAUACACAGUUCUUUGCACGAAAAAUUAUUUGGUUUGACUUCCAAACUAGCCAUUCUCGUAUACCAUCCACUGAAAGCGAUUCGGCAUUUAGUUUCACGUUGCUUAGCUACUUUGGCAUUCGUGGAUGCACCGCGAACAAUGGCCGUUAUUGUCAACGACGUGAUUCCUUAUUUAUCAGCGAUUGAGAAUGUCGUUAAGCGGCAAGGUGCGGCAGAGGCAAUUGCUUGCAUUGUCAACAAGCUCCAAUUAGAUAUUGUGCCAUACGUAGUUUUAUUGAUUGUACCCCUUUUGGGACGCAUGAGUGAUCCUGAUGAGCAAGUUCGAUUAAUUUGUACGCAAAGCUUUGCUACACUUAUUCAGCUCAUGCCCUUGGAUGCAAUUACUCCUCUGUCGGAAGAUUUGAAGACGCGCAAACUGAAAGACAAAGAAUUCCUCGAAUACUUGUUCUCGCCCAAAUCGAUUCCGGAAUUCAAGAUGCCCGUUCCCAUCAAAGCAGAAUUGCGUAGCUACCAACAAGCCGGUGUCAAUUGGUUGUGGUUCUUGAAUCAAUAUAAGCUUCAUGGUAUUUUGUGCGAUGAUAUGGGCUUGGGAAAGACUCUUCAAGCUAUUUGUAUUCUUGCUGGUGAUCAUCACCAUCGAUCCGAGGCUAAAGAAGCGCCACUACCAAGUUUGGUCAUAUCACCGCCAACGCUUACCGGACAUUGGGUAUUUGAAAUAAACAAAUUUAUCUCGGAGAAAUAUUUGAAACCAAUGCACUAUGCUGGCUUACCGCUCGAACGUGAACGGAUGCGGACAAUGCUUAAGACACACAAUCUCGUUGUUGCUUCGUACGACAUUGUCCGAAAGGAUAUUGAUUUUUUCUCAAACAUCCAGUGGAAUUAUUGUAUUUUAGAUGAGGGGCAUACCAUCAAAAACGGCAAAACCAAGUGCUCGAAGGCAAUUAAGCAAAUCGUGGCAAAUCAUCGUUUGAUAUUGUCGGGUACACCAAUUCAAAAUAACGUAUUGGAGUUGUGGAGUUUGUUUGAUUUCCUUAUGCCCGGAUUUUUGUCUACUGAGAAACAAUUCAUGAGUCGUUUUAGCCGACCAAUUCUUGCGAGUCGCGAUCCAAAGAGCUCCGCAAAAGAACAGGAAGCUGGAGCCUUGGCAAUGGAAGCUUUGCACCGGCAAGUUUUACCAUUCCUCUUGAGACGUGUCAAGGAAGAUGUUUUGACAGAUUUGCCUCCUAAGAUAACACAAGAUUUACUUUGCGAACUAAGUCCGUUGCAAGAACGCCUCUAUGAGGACUUUAGUAAGGAGCAUUUGGAUGUAGAUAUUCGGGAUUGUUUGGACAAUAUUGAUGGAUCCCAGAUAAAGAAGAAAACUCAUAUAUUCCAAGCCUUAAGGUACCUUCAAAAUGUUUGUAAUCAUCCAAAACUCGUAUUGAAUGCCAAUCACCCAGAGUUCAAAAGCAUUGUGGAAGAUUUGAGAAAGAAAAAUGGAUCAUUGGACAACAUCGAACAUUCUGCCAAGCUUCCUGCAUUGAAGCAAUUGUUACUAGACUGCGGAAUCGGAGCUAACGAAGAUGAAACAUCCGUCAAUAUUGUAAAUCAACAUAGAGCUUUGAUAUUUUGUCAACUAAAAGCCAUGUUAGACAUAAUUGAAAACGAUCUUCUCAAAAAACACUUGCCCUCAGUCACUUAUUUGCGAUUAGAUGGAAGUGUUCCGGCCAAUCUACGUCACUCAAUUGUCACCAAAUUUAACAGUGAUCCUAGCAUUGAUGUUUUACUACUAACCACACAGGUCGGUGGCUUAGGUCUUAAUUUAACUGGAGCUGACACAGUAAUAUUUGUGGAGCACGAUUGGAACCCUAUGAAAGAUUUGCAAGCUAUGGAUCGCGCUCAUCGUAUAGGACAAAAGAAAGUAGUGAAUGUAUAUCGUCUUAUCACGAGAAAAUCACUGGAGGAAAAGAUCAUGGGACUACAAAAGUUCAAAUUACUUACAGCCAAUACGGUAGUAAGUGAUGAAAAUGCGUCAAUGGAAACCAUGGGAACGGAUCAAUUGUUGGAUCUGUUUAGCUUAUCGGACCAAAAACAACAACAAGAAAAAACUCGUGGCGACAAUGCAAGAAAUCAUACAUCAGUAAAACAUAUGAUGGAAAAUUUGCCUGAGCUCUGGGAGGAUCAACAAUAUCAAGAGGAAUACGAUUUGUCGUCUUUCAUCAAAACUUUAAAUAAGUAAAAAAAAAAAUAUUUCACGCAAGAUUUUGUAUCCAUCGUUUUCUUUUGUAUUACAAUUUACUCAAUCUUUUUAAAAUAAAACAUUUUUAGAAAAUAAAU